UUAUUUGGCCAGAGUCUUUCUGUCUGCUUUUACUUGUUACUUGCUUUUUCGGCCAAUAGAAAGUCGGGUCUAUACCACGUGGUCACUAAGGCUCUGCACCAUUUACAUGCCGGCGUGGAAAGCGGUUCGCCGUGUUGGUGGGGUUUGUUCUCCGUUUCAGUCAACAGAUAAGCAGAAUGAUCCACUUGCAGCAAACUUUAAACAUUAAUUCCUCUCCAAACAGGCUGACAGGACCUCAGCCUGUUGGAUCUUCAGCCUGUUGGGUCUCAGGGUGUCAGAUGGCGGGAGACAUUCAGCCGGCGGGAGACAUUCAGCCAGGUCUCCUCCUGGUGAAUGUGAAGGAGUGGACCGCUGACAGACUAAGCAGAACCUGGUUCUACAGGAUGCGGUACUGCAGCACCCGGGGCGGGGUCCAGAACCGGGACUUCAGGGAGGUUCUGUUCUCCGGAUUCGCUCCGGAUGGAGGGAUGUUCAUGCCGGAGACGCUGCCCACUGUGAGUCCAGAGACGCUGCGGAGCUGGAAGGGGCUGCGGUACCGCCAGCUGGUUCUGGAGGUCGCAGCCCAGUUCAUCCCAGAGGAGUUGAUCCCCAGAGACGACCUGGAGGGCCUGGUCGCUGAAGCUCUCUCUGGGUUCUCGGUUCCCGACUCGGUCCGGAUCGUCCAGCUGAAGGACGGUUUGUCGGUUCUGGAACUUUUCCACGGAGAAACUUUGGCGUUCAAAGAUCUGGCCAUGAGCUGCACCGUCCACUUCCUCGACUACUUCCUGCGGAAAGACGGCAGCCGAGCCGUCGUCCUGGUUGGAACAUCAGGAGACACCGGCGGCUCGGCCGUCCGCAGCGCCCGGUCUCUGCCGGGUCUGGAUGUUCUGGUGGUUUUCCCUCGGGGUCGGAUCACGGCGGUCCAGGAGAAACACAUGACCACCUGCCUGGAGGACAACGUCCACGUGUUCGCAGCUGACGGCAGCUCAGACGACAUCGACCAGCCGCUCCGCCGCCUGUUCGCCGACCAGAACCUGGUCCGGACCCACAGCCUGAUGAGCCUCAACUCUGUCAACUGGUCCAGAGUCAUGAUCCAGGUGGCGCACUUCUUCUACGCCUACCUGGAGCUGAGCGGCCUGGGGGCGGAGCCUGGGCUGGGGGCGGAGCCUGGGCUGGGGGCGGAGCCUGACAUGGGGGCGGAGCCUGGGCAAGGGGCGGAGCCUGGAUCCGAGCCUGCAGCGCUGCCGGAGCUGGAGGUGGUGGUUCCGACCGGAGGAGCCGGGAACAUUGCAGCUGCUUUCGUCGCCGUGAGGAUGGGGCUGCCGCUGAAGCUGGUUGCCAUGGUGAACGCUAACGACAUCGUGCAUCGGACGGUAACCAGCGGCGAUUUCUCCAUGGCGCCCAGCGUCACCCAGACUGUGGCUCCGGCCAUAGCAUCCAGCCAUCUUGGUUCUGGUUCUGUUCUUCAGGACCCGUACAACAUGGAGCGGGUCUUCUGGCUGCUGCUGGACCGGGACGGCGCCGCCGUGAAAACCAUGAUGGAGGAGUUCCAGCGUUCCCAUCGACUCAGACUGCCAGAGAACCAGCGCAGACUGCUGGCCGAGGUUCUGGUGAGCGGCGCCGUGAGACCGGGGAUCCUGGAGACCAUGAGGCGGUGCUGGGACCAGAACCGGUACCUGCUGUGUCCCCACACGGCCGUGGCCGUCUGGCACCACUACAACCGAACCCACAGCACCACCAGAAACAGAUGCUACGUCGCUACGGCGUCUCCAGCGAAGUUCCAGGCAGCAGUGGAGAAGGCCGGGCUGACCUUUGACCCCCCGGAGGCAGUACUGGCUUUGGACCAGUUACCCACCCGGUACCAGAACCUGGAGAGGAGCGCAGACUGGUGCAAGGACUGGGAGGAGCGUCUGAGGGACUGGAUCCAGUUUGUGAGCAGAACCAGGAAGAACGGAGGAGUUUGUUACCCGACGACUUCCUGUCCUGAAGAUGACCUCACUGUGAUGUCAUAAAUCACCUGAUCAGCAGCAGCCAGCGUCUCAAUUAAACUAAUCUGGAAGUAAAUGCAGCCUGAAUGUUGCAGAGUUAAAACUAAUUUACAUGUUUAAGUAAAGAAACAGAAACUGAUUUAAAAUCAAAUCAUUUUAAGGCCCUUUUGAUUCCUUUCAUUUGAUAGAAUUAUUAGAAAUAAUUUAGUUCUAUUUUAACUUUUACAUGUAUUCAUUUCCGUAAAAUUAUAAUAAAUCUGUUUGAUUAUUUUCAGUCUUACAUGUCAGGAUGUUUAAUAAACGUUUGAGAUCUAAUUUAACCUGAAAUAAACUCCACACGUU